UCAUCCCCUCCUGCCCUAGGCACACUACCCUGCCAGCUGUGGCCACAUGUCCCAGUGGGUCGAUGAUGGCGGCUACUAUGACGGCAUGAGCAUGGAGGCUCAGAGCAAGCACCUGGCCAAGCUCAUCUCCAAGCGCUGUCCCAGCUGCCAGGCUCCCAUUGAGAAGAACGAGGGGUGUCUGCACAUGACCUGUGCCAAAUGCAACCACGGAUUUUGCUGGCGCUGCCUCAAGCCAUGGAAGCCAAAUCAUAAAGACUACUACAACUGCUCUGCCAUGGUAAGCAAAGCAGCUCGCCAGGAGAAGCGGUUCCAGGACUAUAAUGAGAGGUGCACUUUCCAUCACCAGGCCCGGGAGUUCGCUGUGAGCUUGCGGAACCGUGUGUCUGCCAUCCACGAGGUGCCCCCACCCAAAUCCUUCACUUUCCUCAGUGAUGCCUGCCGGGGUCUGGAGCAGGCUCGAAAGGUGCUGGCCUAUGCGUGUGUGUACAGCUUCUACAACCAAGACACAGAGCACAUGGACGUGGUGGAGCAGCAGACAGAGAACCUGGAGCUGCACACCAACGCCCUGCAGAUCCUCCUCGAGGAGACGCUGCUGCGGUGCGGAGACCUGGCCUCAUCCCUGCGCCUCCUGCGGGCAGACUGCCUCAGCACCGGCCUGGAGCUGCUCCGGAGGAUCCAGGAGAGGCUGCUGGCUAUCCUGCAGCAUUCCACCCAGGACUUCCGGUUGGGUCUGCCGAGCCCAUCAUUAGAGACCCGAGAGGCGAAAGGAUCCAACGUGCCUGGCAGCCAACCCCAGAGCUCCUCGGGGCUGGAGAUGGAUGAGGAAGAGGAGGAGGAGGAGGAAGAUGAUGAGGAUGAUGUGCCCGAGUGGCAACAGGACGAGUUUGAUGAGGAGCUGGACAAUGAUAGCUUCUCCUAUGACGAGGAGUCUGAGAACCUGGACCGAGACGCUUUCUUCUUUGGUGACGAGGAGGAUGAUGAUGAGGCCUACGACUAAGGGCCAGGAUGCAGGAACCUGGAGCCACCUCACAGUCACGGGGGCCAAGGAGGUGAAGUCACCCCUUCCCGCCAUUGUUGGGGGAAGCAAUUCCCAGUGUCUGCAGUACCUUCUGUUUACUGAAUAAACUUUUUCACAUACGUCUCUA